AUGGCCCAAUAUAAACCACUUGAAUAUUUAGAACAUUUAAAAAAGAUUGUUCCUGAUUAUGUUGAUCAAAUCAAUGCUAUCAGAGAAACAUACGAUAAUAAAUUAUGGCAUCAAUUAACUAAACUUAUUGAAGUAUUUGUUAUUACACCACAAAUGCUCGAAAAGAAAGAAUUACAUAACUUUUAUAAUAAUUUUAUCAAAGAUUUUGAAGCCAAAUUAAAACCAUUAAGUUUAGUAGAAAUUUGUAUUGCCAUUGCCAGACAAUUUGAUAUUGAUGAAUCAAGAAAAUUCAUUGAAAGUAUUUCAAAAAAAGUUUCAAAAGAUAAAUCAGCAUACAUUUUAUCAUUAUCAUAUAUGGCAAAUUCAAAUUUACGUGCAGGUACAGAUCAAUUACAAGAAUGUAAAAAAACAUUAGAAAUCGCCAAAGAAGAAUUACAAGGUAUUACUGGUUUAGAUUGGAUUGUUUAUUCAUCAUUUUAUCGUGUUAGCACUGACUACUAUAUGGCCAAAAACCAAGCUAGCGAAUUUUAUAAAAAUGCUUUAAUGUACUUAUCAUAUUGUAAAUUAGAAACUAUUCCACAAGAAGAACAAGCUAGUCUUGCCUAUAACCUUUGUAUUGCUGCUUUAGUUGGUGAAAAUGUUUAUGGUUUUGGUGAUUUAAUCGCAAAUCCAAUUCUUAAGGCAUUAGAAGGAUCACAACAUUCAUGGUUAAUUGCAUUUUUAAAAGCAUUUAAUAUUGGUGAUAUUGCUCAAUUUGAACAAUUAAUGUCACAACAUCGUGAUAUUAUCUCACAACAAACAGCCAUCACAAACAAUAUGCAAAAGCUCAGACAAAAGAUUUCAAUUCUUGCACUUUUAGAAUUAGCUUUUAGAACACCAUCAGAUCAAAGAUCAAUUUCAUUCCAAAAGAUUGCUCAAGCCACUAAACUUCCAGAUACUGAAAUCGAACAUCUUUUAAUGAAAUCCCUCUCAUUAGGUCUUAUUAAAGGUUCAAUUGAUCAAACUGUUCAAAUUAUUCAUAUCACUUGGGUAACUCCAAGAAUUUUAGAUCUCAAUCAAAUCAACUCUAUGAAUAACAGAAUCACAGAAUGGUUCAACAAAACAAAAUCAUCAUUAAAAAUUGUUGAAGACGAUACUGUCGAUUUAGUUGCUUAA